AUGCACAUGUUGUUGUCGCACAUUUACUCGGCUUGUACCUGGCAUAAGCAAGUCUUUGGAUAUUUGGUCAUGGCGGCGGCGACGUUGCGCUCACCCCUGUUGCGUGAAGGCGCCAGACCGCUUCUGGUGGCCCACCGCGCCGGUGCCGGCGAGGCCCCGGAGAACACCUUGGAGAGCUUGAAGUACUGCAUGGACCUUCAAGUUCCCUUGGUUCAGAUGGAUGUGAUGCGGACCAAAGAUGGACAGCUCGUCCUCUUUCAUGAUGUGCCUGUUGAGAAGAACUUGGAGAAGUUGACCGGCGUCGCUGGCGACAUUUCCAACUACGCCUACGACGACCUUCCGGACUUCAAGAAAGAGUUUGAGGCCUCCGCUAUGUGCCCACCUGGCAGCAAGCCAGUGCCCGUGCAACAGAGGCGCAUGAGCCUCUUCAAAGAUGCCUGUCGGGCCCUGGCUGCCAGCCGCACCGAUCUCAUUCUCGAGUUCUGGCAGGAGUCGGAAGUGGUCGUGCGGGUCAUCGGCCAGAUUUCAGCAGUUUGUGUUUUGACCGAUAUAGGCAUGCCCAGAGAUCCCGGUCAUCGCUACUUUCGUGUCGAAUACAAUGCUUUGAGACCUUCCUGUUGGGUUGAUGUUACCUUCAAGCAAUCCUUCCUGGUAUGGUUCUAUUGGAAUGUGGGGCUGCUGCGCUGCGGCUAUCCGGCAAGGCGGUUGCUGCCCUUCUUUUCCGAGAGCGAGCCCAGGGUCGUCUUCAACGUUCUUCACGUUUCUGAGGCCCUGCCUCACGCGAUCUUCAAGCUUGCCAAAGUCGACCCCGAACAGUCGCCGAUUCGUGCUGGCCUGAUUCGCCUGCUGCUGCGACUGCUCAAGGCCUUUACUGACACGCCGCGGCUCUUUGGCUUUCUCUCGGAACGCCACAAGGUCCCCACCGUGCUCUUCAUCGCCAAUACGGCAAGGGAUGUGGCCACCUGCAGCUCAUAUCCUGGCGUCGUGGCCGUGCAGACUGACUUUCCGAAGCAAUUUCGAGCGGACUUGGCGAUGGCUAAGUAG